AAAUUAAAAUCUUCUUCCAUAUCUUUUUUAACCUCCUUAGUGGUUUUCCCGAGUGUAGCUCGAGGUAAAAUUUCAAUACCAAGAGCGGUAACCCCGAGCUACACUCGGGCUUACCCAUGCGGUGUUGCUCCGGGAUCUCUCGAUCACUUACCUUGUCCUGCGCUCCCGCGAUGUCCCUCCUACAGUGUCCCCGGCAAUGUAAUCCGGCGGAUGCCAGUAUCUGUCUUCUGGGUUCCGUUCCCUGCAAGCGUCAAGAUGUACGGGGGACGGAACGGCGGGAAAUUUGAAAAUUACAAAAAG